CCACGCCUGGCCUCGACUAGUCCGACGGCCAUAUUGAAUAUCUUCACAAAUCGCCUUACGGUGGAUCUCAAUUGCACGGUUUUCUCACUCAUGUCCGUUCUAAAAGGCUCCACGAGAAAAUUGGAGGUGACAAGGGUACAUGAAAUAUAGUCGUUUAGUUUACAGCGUGGAUAACCUGAAAGCAUUGAAUACUCGGGAUUUUGUCGGUCUUUGAAGCCGUAGUCCUUCAUCAGAGGUCCUGUGAAACAGGGAAGCUAUCCAUCCUGUGACAGUUGUCUUCUCAGCUGCUGGGUGAAGGGAGGAGACAAACAUGCCGAAACCGAUUAAUGUGCGGGUGACCACCAUGGACGCAGAGCUGGAGUUUGCCAUCCAGCCCAACACCACUGGCAAACAGCUCUUUGACCAGGUGGUGAAGACGGUGGGGCUUCGAGAGGUCUGGUUCUUCGGACUGCAGUACGUGGACAGCAAGGGUUACAGCACGUGGCUGAAGCUUAAUAAAAAGGUGACAGCCCAGGAUGUAAAGAAGGAGAACCCUCUGCAGUUUAAGUUCCGGGCCAAGUUCUUCCCUGAGGACGUGUCUGAGGAGCUGAUCCAGGAGAUCACACAGAGACUCUUCUUCCUGCAGGUGAARGAGGCCAUUUUGAACGAUGAGAACUACUGUCCCCCGGAGACUGCCGUGCUGCUGGCAUCCUACUCUGUCCAGGCCAAAUACGCCGACUACAACAAAGACAGCCACAAGCCUGGCUACCUCACCAACGACAGACUGCUGCCACAGAGAGUCCUGGAGCAGCACAAGCUCACCAAGGAGCAGUGGGAGGACCGGAUACAGACCUGGCAUGAGGAGCACCGAGGCAUGCUCAGAGAGGACUCUAUGAUGGAGUACCUGAAGAUAGCUCAGGACCUGGAGAUGUACGGAGUCAACUACUUUGAGAUCAAGAACAAGAAGGGGACAGAGCUGUGGCUGGGAGUGGACGCCCUGGGACUCAACAUCUAUGAACACGAAGACAAACUGACACCAAAGAUCGGCUUCCCUUGGAGCGAGAUCCGAAACAUCUCCUUCAACGACAAGAAGUUUGUCAUCAAACCCAUCGACAAGAAAGCUCCAGACUUUGUGUUCUACGCGCCACGGUUGCGGAUCAACAAGCGUGUCCUGGCUCUGUGUAUGGGGAACCACGAGCUGUACAUGAGGAGGAGGAAGCCUGACACCAUCGAGGUGCAGCAGAUGAAGGCCCAGGCCAGAGAGGAGAAACAUCACAAACAGCAGGAGAGAGCCCAGCUGGAGAACGAGAAGAAGAAACGAGAGCACGCAGAGAAAGAGAAGGAGAGAAUAGAGCGAGAGAAGGACGAGCUGAUGGAGAGACUGAGGCUGAUCGAGGACCAGACGAUGAGGGCCCAGAAAGGACUGUUCUCAGCACCAGAGUUGGAGGAGCAGACACGCAGGGCCCUGGAGCUGGAGCAGGAGAGGAAGAGAGCCAGGGAGGAGGCGGAGAGGCUGGAGAAGGAGAGACAGGCAGCGGAGGAGGCCAAGGCGGAGCUGGCCAGGCAGGCCGCUGACCAGAUGAAGAACCAGGAACAACUGGCCGCUGAGCUGGGCGAGUUCACCGCCAAAAUAGCCCUGCUGGAGGAAGCCAAGAGGAAAAAGGAAGAGGAGGCCACUGAAUGGCAGCAGAAGGCCAUCUCAGCCCAGGACGACCUGGAGAAGACCAAGGAAGAGCUGAAGACGGUGAUGACGAUCUCAUCGACGCCAGCGGGCGGCUCCACUGAGAGCGAGCACGAGGAGCAGGACGAGAACCACGCAGAGGACGCCGCCGAGCUCUCCCUGGAGGGCGUGAGCGCCCUGGACCUGCGCAGCGAGGAGGAGCGCGUCACCGAGGCCCAGAAGAACGAGCGCCUCAAAAAACAGCUGCAGGUGUUGAGCUCGGAGCUGGCUGAAGCCAUAGACGAUACCAUGAAGACUCAGAAUGACAUGCUUCACGCGGAGAACGUGAAGGCCGGGAGAGACAAGUACAAGACCCUACGUCAGAUCCGCUUGGGCAACACCAAGCAGCGCAUCGACGAGUUUGAGUCCAUGUGAUCUGGUCUGGGUUCCCCCAUCCGUCCAUUGGCGACUCGCUUUUCGUCAAAGCAACAGGCGCUGUCCCUCCUACACUCCCCCCUUUUCCCCGUACCCGCAAAGGUUCCAGAGGGCACGGCCGCCACCGCCUCAAACUUUGCCAAAGCUCUGCCCGCAUCUCCAUCAGGAAUCGCCCAAUUGGGCGCAAGCAACGCUUUGCACCGUUCCGAGCAUGCUAUUCUCCUUGUAUUGCAAAGAAUAUGUCUGUGCUUUGCUUUCAAAUAUCUAAUAUGGAGACACAAGAAAAACCAAAAUGGGGGAAGAUUGGAUUUUUAAGCGAACAAGGUCAUCGGAAGCUUUUUUUUGUUGUUCUCGCCGGUAAGCUAGUAUGCAAUGCUUUAGUAUUACUGACUCUGUUGUCUUCAGUUGAACGUAUUGAUGUUGUCUGUUACUUUCAAAACCGUUUUUGUUCUGAUCUAUGAUUCUGACACGUUUCAUUGAAGCACUGUUUCUUAAGUUCUCUGUGCUCAACUUUGAAGGUAGAUCGGUCCGAGGCUGGUAGAGAGGCUUGUGUUAGGGGAUCCAUCCAUUCAGUUAUGUUGUGAACAAUUUCAAAACAUUUAAUUGUUUUAAAACAAAUGAGCCUAUGGGUAACAGGGUUGACGUGUUAUGUUAUGACGUC